GGGUAGAACUUAAGGUGUGCUUUCCAGUUCAGCCCAUAAAUGAACAAAGUGCAAAUCGACAUGGAUACAAAACAUAACGAACAGCUCAGACUAAACCCCUCUCCUUCUCUUUCUCCUCUGAGAACCCUAAUUCGAUUCGAUUAGGGGAAACCAGUAAAAAUGGGAGGAAAGUGCCCCCAUAGAAGCGUCAAGAAGAGAAGAUACUCACACAAGACUCAUCGCCGUGACAAGUUCCUCAUUAAUGGUGAUGAUAUGGUAUAUGAUGCCCUGAAGAAUCUAGAGGGAAUUAAGCCCUUGCCUGUUGAUGAAGACCUCCCUGGGAUGGGCCAGUAUUACUGCAUACACUGCGACCGAUACUUUGCCAACGUGUCCGUGAGAGACGAACAUUUCAAGACGAAACGUCACAGGAAGCGUAUGAAAUUAAUGAUGGGUCCUGCACCACACACUCAACUCGAUGCUGACUUAGCUAGUGGAAUGGGAAUGCCGGAUAAUGGCCCAAAGCUUAUGUCCAUGUGAAGUUUCAACUAUCUGUUUUUUAAGUUAUUUUGCUUAGAACAUGCAGCAGCAGCAUGUAAGGUUUAUCUGAAAUAGAAUUUAGAGUUUUUAGUAUAAAAUGUAUCAGUGAUAUAUCAAUUUUGUUCGUUCUAUUCUUAUGCUACAUUAUAUCGUAACUAAUUCUUGCAGCCGUUAUAUGUUAUUAAACUUUGCCUUC